ACCAUUAACUUGUUCUAGUGCCGGAUGCUCGUUCACUGCGACAGAAACUAUAAGACUCAAUAGCUCCCGCUGUGACGUGUACAUAGAAAUAUAUACAAAGUUAGUCAUAAAUAACAGUCUAAACCUGGAUUUACUGCACUGAAGAUUGAAAGAUGUGGAAGUCAGUGGUGGGCCACAAUGUGAAUGUAAAGGUGGCUUCAGAGGGAGACGACUGGGAGACAGACCCUGACUUUGAGAAUGACGUCUCAGAGCAGGAGCAGCGCUGGGGAGCAAAGACCAUCGAGGGCUCAGGACGUAAAGAGCACAUCAGUGUCACAGAGCUCAGAAGCAAAGUGACUGUGGAACAUGAGCACGGGAAGCAGAAGGAGAACAUUCCCAAAGCUUCCUAUGGAUACGGAGGGAAGUUUGGAGUGGAGAAAGACAGAAUGGACAAGGGGGCUGUGGGCCACGACUAUGUGUCAAAUGUGGAGCAGCACUCGUCUCAGACAGACGCUGCUCGAGGGUUUGGAGGGAAAUUUGGUGUCCAGAAAGACCGCAUUGACAAGUCUGCUCUAGGUUUUGAAUACAAAGGAGACGUGGAGAAACAUGCGUCUCAGAGAGAUUACUCAAAGGGAUUUGGGGGAAAGUAUGGAGUGGAGAAAGACAAAGUGGACAAGGCCGCUCUGGGAUACGAGUAUAAAGGCCAGACGGAGAAGCAUCAGUCGCAGAAAGACUACUCCAAGGGAUUUGGGGGGAAGUACGGCGUGGAGACGGAGAAGGUGGACAAAGCUGCCCUGGGCUUCGACUACAAAGGAGAAACUGAGAAACACGAGUCACAGAGAGAUUAUUCCAAAGGAUUUGGAGGAAAGUUUGGUGUCGAGAAGGAGAAAGUGGACCAAGCAGCGGUGGGUUAUGACUAUAAAGGUGAAACGGAGAAACAUCAGUCACAAAAAGAUUACUCAACAGGGUUCGGAGGUCGAUAUGGAGUCCAGGCAGAUCGACAGGAUAAGAGUGCAGCCGGUUUCUCAGACAUGCACUCUCCAGGCUCUGCCUAUGAAAAGACUCAACCAUUUGAGGCUGCGAGUGCAGAUGCAGGAAAGUUAAAAGCACGUUUCGAGGGCAUGGCGAAGGCCUCGGAAGAAGAGAACCGCAAGAAAGCAGAAGAGGAGAGAGCGAGGAGACAAGCCAGGGAGAAGAGGGAGCGAGAGGAGGCCAAACAGAGGGAGCAGGAACAGAGGAGCGAAGAAGAAGAAGAAGAAGAAGAAGAAGAACAAGAAGAACCUUGUCCACCACCUCCUCCAGCUGUGGUUAAGUGCGAGACGCCUCCACCAGCAAUACAAACAGCUGCUGAUUCAGAGGAUGAACCACUGUAUGAAGAGCCACCUCAGGAUUAUAAAAAUCCCGAACUGGAUGCUCCGCCUCUGCCUGAGAGAUCAGAAGAGGUGGAUCAGGAUAGAGACUACGACGAUGUUAUUCCACCUGAGGAGAAGCCAGAUGAGCGCGAUGACGACUACGAGAACAUGUCUGGACAGAAAGCUGUGGCCGUGUACGACUAUCAGGGAGAGGCUGCGGACGAGAUCUCCUUUGACGUGGAUGAUGUCAUCACCAACAUAGAGAUGGUAGAUGAAGGCUGGUGGAAGGGACAGUGUCACGGACGUAUCGGUCUGUUCCCGGCUGCUUACGUUGAGCUCAUGUAGUUUUUUAUUUUUAUUUUAAGAACACAAGCUUCACUCAGACCGUGGUGGUGACACUUCACCUCCCACAGAGAAAUCACUUGUUAUUCAAUUACAGACUGUUUUAGACAUAAUGGUCAACUUUGUGCUGAUAGAAAUGGAAUUAAAUGUAAUUUACUGCAGUUUAGGUCUGACUCUUAUUCCACAGCACCAGUUAGACUUUUGAAAACAUUUGUUAGUUCUUUUUUAUAAAGAAUUAUAUAAAAACUACACAACUUUUAAUUGGUAGCUGCAUAAACGUGGUCCAGAGCUCAUGGUACAGUUCUUUAAUUAGAGAAUCGUUAUUGUUUUUUCCUCUGAUAAUGAAAACCCAAUAAUGCAAUGCCUGGGUUAGAGAAGAAUAGUUUUGGAGAUAAACGGCUGUAUAUUAAAGUGAAAGUCACUAGAUGGCAGCAUUGCAGCUCAUUUAAUUUAUCUAUUUUAAUAAUCAGGGUUUGCACAGGUAAAUAAAUAAAUAAUACCAAACCUAUAUCAGUAUUGGUUGAUAUCAGAAUAAGUAAUUACGUUUGGACAAUAUUGGCAUAUCGGCAAAAACUUAUUAUUAGACAUCCCUACUUUGAAUGUGACUCAGAUAUUCAUAUCAGAUAUUUUCUUUAGGUUUUCUACAGCUUGAAUUUCAACUUUAUAUAAACAUAAACGACCUCUAA